UCGGCGCCAAUCGCAAUGGCGUUGCUAUGUUAAAUCAGGGGCUGCCUGUAUCUCGGAAGGGUACAUCCCAUCUCAAAUCCUCUCUUCGUUUCGUCUUUCCUCUUUUCGCAACAUCUGAUUCUGGCGUAAUUACGGCGUCGUCGCCAUGGGGGAGCAACAUGAAAGGACCGAACCAACUGCCCGUAAACGCGCUCUUGUGAGCUGCGACCGAUGUAAAACCAGGCGAGCGCGAUGCAUCCGCCCGAGUCCUGACCAGCCUUGUUCGGAUUGUAUGAACAAUGGCUUGCAAUGCGAAUCCAAACUCCCUCGCAAGCAGCGAGUGUAUGGGAGCGUGGAAACACUUAGUCUGCGCUUUAGAGCGCUCGAGUCGUUAGUAAAAGGGUUGUUCCCUGAUGAGAACACCCAAGAUACAAAUACGCUGUUCAAGAUCGCGGCGUCGAGAAAUCUUUCCAUGCCCGCUGCGAACGACUACAGUCCCGCCGAGAUCUUCAAGGGAACCAAAAGGCACAUGCCUUCUCUCCAAACCUCCACCUCUGACUCGUCUAACUCCGAUGCUGCGUACCAACCCACUGCAUUCCCAAGUCGGAUUCCCGCUUUGGACAAUACAUCUUCUGCGCAGCCAGUCGAGAGAUUGAUCCCCACCUCCAAUGGCAUCCCGCAUUACUUUGGCCCCUCUAGUAGCUUCUCACUUGCAAACACCGUUCGAAACCUGGUGGCUCGGUGUAAUUCUACUUCGGCGGGACGAUCCUGUCUUCGACAGUCCAGAUCGUCGCGACCUUCAGAUACCCUAGAUCCACAGGCCGCGGUGAGUGCGGUAUCAUCAGUAUCUUCUAAGAGUCCCGGCCUCCCUCGUCCAGACCAGACCAUUCUUCCAAAGUCCGAGAGCAACACUCCCGUCAGCGAUUCUGGGCGCCACAAGCGACCUCGUAGAGACAAUGACAUCCUCACGGACGGAACGUCCAACGAGGCGGAAAUCUACGAAACCAUUGGCGCCUUCCUGCCCUCAAGAUCUGUAGCAGACGCCCUCGUCGCCGCGUACUUCGAGCACAUCCACAUGAUUUUCCCGCUGUUCUACCGGAGCAUAUUCCAGCACCGCUACGAAGAAACAUGGACGCGGAAGGACUCCAUUCUGCACGACGACGAGGAGACGGGAUGGCUAUGCUGUCUAUCACUAGUGUUCGCCUUCGGGGCCCAGGCGUUGGAGAAGCACGAUCCCGUGGAGGCUGCGGCGUUGCAGAAAAAGUACUUGCGGUUCGUGCGGUCGUACUUCCGGCGUCUGGUGUCUACGACGAGUUUGGUGGAUGUGCAGGCUUUGUUGCUUCUGCAGCUUUACGAUCAUAACGUGGGGAAGAGGAAUAGUAGUUGGUUGUUGAUUGGGACGGCGGCUCGGAUGGCAAUUUCCAUGGGAAUGCAUCGGGAGGGCACGUAUGCCGAGCUCGAUCCAAUCGAGAGAAACACUCGAAGGCUGGUGUGGUGGAUGUUGUACAUCUUCGAGAAGAUCCUGUGCAAUUAUCUGGGCCGUCCCAGUGCGAUUGAUGACGCGGAGGUGUCAACCCGGAUCCCUGAUGAGUCGAAUUUGGGCGAUAAGCAUCUGCCUCCAAACGUGAUCGAGAAGAGCAUUGAGGCUGCGAGGCUUUCUUACUCGAUCAGACGGAGGGCUUACUUCGUGGAUGGAUCGCCAGAGGAACGCACGCCACCUAUUCCCCUUGUCAGGAAACUGCUUCAGGAGCUAGAGGAUUGGUACAAGACAAUUCCGGAUCAUCUUCAGGUUGGUGCGAAGUCGAUUCCCAGUCAUCGACGUGGUGCGCUGCUUCUGCACACUUAUUACUUCUACAUUCGAUCGCUUGUGACGAGGAAUUUCUUGGUGCAGAAAGCUGAAUACAACAUCUCACUACUCGAGGGGAAAUCCCCGCAAGUCACAGCCGACCACAAAGACAUUCUCGCAUUGGGCGAAGACUGCAUCGACUCCGCAGCCCGCAGUCUCAAAUCCCUAAACAUGCUUGCCGACCUCAAGCUCCUCAACGGCGUAUCCUGGCUCGACGUAUUCUACGUCUUCCACGCCGUGCUAAUCGUCUGCGCCGACUUCCUCGGCCGCCCAAAAGACCAAAAAGACACCCCGGAAGACAUCGACCGCAAGACCUCCGUCCGCACCAUCCUCGCCUCCACCCGCGUCAUCAAACUCGCUCCAACCUACAACAUCCUCAGCCAAUUCGCCUUCCAAUUCGCCUACAUCACCGGCGCCACCGAAGCACCCUACACAUCCUUCCAAGCCGCAGGCGAGCGCGAGAUCCUUUCCCCCGUACCCCCCAUGACACCCUUUGUCGGCCCGUUCACCGGCCACGGGCUCCUGAAGACGCUCGUCGAGACGUCCGAGGAGCCGAACGAUUGGUACCAGAAUGAGUCGGCGAACGUGCUGUGGGAUUGGUUCAACCUCGCAUCAACGGGCGAGGCGCUGGACGUCGAUAGCUUCACCGAGGCAUUUCCGCCGAAUCCUCAGGAUGGUGGUGGGUUCGGCGCGAGUACGAUUGAGGACUGGGCUGCGAGACCUCCUCCUGGCGGGAUGCGGACUGUUUGAAGCAAUUGACGAAAGGAGAAGAAAGUCAUACAUAUUUUUCUCUUCUCCAUCACCAUCAAAUAAAGUCAUAGUGCUGUAUCAUAUCUCGAGUAUCAUGGCCAUGGUGUUGCAAUUCCCGAUCCGGCAUAGCCCGAUCGCCGGAACCCACUCAGAUCUGAUCUGGUACGCUCCCGAUCUGGAUCUCCAAUCGCGUGGCUGCA